CUCCUGUCGCGGCGUCGCCGACGAAAGCGCAAAAGGCGCUUAGUAGUCGAAAUGCCGGCGAUACGAAGUCAAAAGCUCAGGAAAAUCCGAGUAAACAUUACAGUCAAAAUCGCGGAACGAGAAGCACAAAUAGUUCUCCCUCUGCUCCUGCAAACAAGCGGCAGUGUGAUCACCGAGGUGAGCAGGCUGUUGACGACGACGCUGACGGAGAGAGUAAGGGGGCAGUUGAAACUAGAGAACGACUUGUAGUCUUGCCCAAAACCAGCGGCACAGGCUGGAUCUCAGUCGAAGAUGAGGAUGUAGAGACAAAUGGCUCAACGUUUGACGUCGACGAUCAAGCCAGUUU